UUUACUCGGAUGAGUUUAUCUGUGUCAAUAUUUAUUUCACUUCCUUGAUGAAGAGGAAGAAAAGUUAUUGUGCGAAUACUUUUGUUGGAAUUUAAUCCGUUAUCUGAAACAGCUGUUUUUGCUUCCCAAUCUGUUGAAUUAUGUGACUCUUUGUUGGUAUUUGACAGAAUGCAAGUAGAAAGUCGGAAAUAAUUGACAUGGCAGCCAAGUUCAACAAGCCAUCAGCUGCCCCUUUCUUCUAUGGGAGGAUCACAAGGGAGGAAGCUGAAUGGUUUCUACGGGAAAGGGGCACAGAAGAGGGGUUAUUCUUAUUGAGAGAAAGCAUCAGUCCCCUUGGAAACUACGCCAUUAGCAUCUGCCACAAUAAUAAUGUUCACCAUUACAGUAUAGAGAAACGUCUAGAUGGACAAUUUAUGAUUGCGGAGGGGAAACCUUUCCCAGGUCCCCUGGAACUUAUAGAGCAUCACAAAACUACAAUCGAUGGAUUUGUCACAAAACCAACUAAACCAUGUAACCGUUCCAAAUUUCAACCUGCUAUUGCUUUCAGGGGAAUGACUUAUACAGAUCUUGAGAAUGAAUUGUUGAAAAAAGCAGAAAAAAUGAAGAAUGUGAGAAUGGAGACGGCCCUGGGUGCCCAGAGGGACCACCUAAUGGUAAUGGUGGCUAAGGACCUCCACACACAGAUGCCGUGGUUCCACGGCAGCAUCAGUCGAGAUGAGGCCGACAAGAGACUGACGGCCGACGGACACGAGGACGGCAAAUUCCUAGUGCGUCUUCGAGAAGAUCGGAAAACAUUUGCCUUGUCUUUAAGUCACAAGGGAGAAGCUCGACAUUAUAUGAUUGAGAAGAAAGAUAAAUUCCACAUUUUAGGAGGACCCAAGUUUGACUGUAUAAUGAUGAUGAUUGAUCAUUACCACAACAAAGCUGAUGGACUUCUAUGUAAGCUUGUCCUGCCCUGCCCGGCUCCAAACUUUGACAAAGGCAAAUGGAGAAAAUACAUGGACUAUAACUGUAGUAAUUUAGCAUAUGGAUCCACAGAACAGCUGUCCAGGAGCCAAAAUAGCUUCACAGAUUCAGUUGAUGCCCCAGGUGUACCCUCCUAUCGGGCCCCUCAGCCCCCUGUCCCAGGCCUGCCCCCUGCCGUCCCCCCUUCACGUAUGGAGAGAAAAACAUCUAGUCGUGCCCGAGCCCCACUGCCCCCACUGCCUCGAGGCAUUAACGAAGAGAUGUGGGAGGAGCAAGAGCGACCGAUGGAGCGACACAAGUCCAUGCAUGACAUUGACGCUAACAACUUGAUGAAAAUUUAUGACACAGUCCCUAGGAACGAGGAAAUGUUUUCUCUUCAGAGGUCACAAAUCAAACUUGAUCAGGAAAAUUUAGGAUCGGGUCAGUUUGGGUCCGUUGCUAAGGGAGAGUGUACUCUUAGGAAUGGUAGUGUUAUCCCAGUAGCUGUAAAAACCCUGAAGAAUGAAGAUGUUGGUGCCAAAGAAGAGAUGUUGAAGGAGGCUCGUUUUAUGAUGAACCUUAAUCAUAAACAUAUAAUUAGAAUGAUUGGUAUAUGUGAUGCUGAUUGUGUUAUGCUGGUUUUGGAACUGGCUCCCAAAGGUCCCCUUAAUUCCUUCUUAAAGAAUAACAAAAAUAUGAAGCAGUCAAACAUUGUAGAAAUAAUGUGGCAGGUAGCGCAGGGCAUGGAGUAUCUCCAGCGUAAGAAACACGUCCACAGAGAUCUGGCAGCACGUAACGUGUUACUAGUUGAUGAGCAUACGGCCAAGAUCAGCGACUUCGGAAUGUCUAAAGCAAUGUCUAGAGAACAGAACUACUAUGAGGCUCAGAAUGCAGGAAAAUGGCCGCUGAAGUGGUACGCACCAGAAUGUGUAUAUUACUGGAAAUUUGACAGUAAAUCUGACGUGUGGAGUUACGGGGUCACGCUGUGGGAGGCGACCUCUUAUGGCGACAAGCCAUACAGGGCUCCUUGCUGCAAGAAGACCUAUACUUGUCGAGUCUGUCAUGACGAGAAGGAGAACCACGAACUUAUUAGGAAGAAUGUUAUGCAGGUUCACUGCCUCGCCUGUAACAAUGUCCAACAGGUCCAGAGUGUGUGUGAGGAGUGUGGUACAAAGUUUGGUAAUUAUUUUUGUGGAAUCUGUCGACUUUUUGAUGAUGAAGACAAGCAACAGUUUCACUGUGAUGGAUGUGGCCUUUGCAGGAUUGGGGGUCGGGAGAAUUUUUACCACUGUGAUGUUUGUGAUGUCUGUCUGGCAGUCUCCAUGAAAGAUAACCACAAGUGUAUAGAGAAGUCAUCCCAUUCAAACUGUCCGGUGUGUUUAGAGGACCUCCAUACAUCUAGGAUAGCAGCUCAUAUCCCGCCCUGUGGUCACCUUAUUCAUUAUAAAUGUUUUAAAGACAUGCUUAAAACAGGUAACUAUGCUUGUCCUAUAUGUGGCCAGUCAAUGCUAGAUAUGAGUGACAUAUGGCAGAAUGUGGAUGAGGAGGUGUCCCAGUGUCCUAUGCCAGAGGAAUAUCAGAAUUAUUACGUACAGAUCCUGUGUAAAGAUUGUCAUGAGGAAAGUCGGGUGUUAUUUCAUGUAUUGGGACUGAAGUGCCAGCAGUGUGGUUCCUACAACACUUGUCGUACCCAGGAACCUGAGGGGGCAGAAGAGAUGGAGUGUCCCUCCCAAAACUCCGCUUCUGGUACCUCCCAGGACACUUAUAAUACAGCUGAGACUUCUUCUAAUACGUCAGAGAGUGACCCUGCUAACUCAAACAGUACCGCAGAAGUCUCACAUCUAACAACACAGGUUAACAAUUUAGAUACUGCAGGGGACACCUGAGAGGGGAGAUUUCUAGCUACUCUACCAGCAGUCAAACAAUAGCUUAACAGGAAUCUUUAGGUAGUGGAUACAGAUAUGAGCACCUAUGUGAAUAUUUUUAUAUUGGCUACCAGAAAUGAAUAUUAUGCAAUGUUAAAUUAAAAUCUUCAGAACAUUUUAGCCAUACAAGUAACAAAGAAAAUUGAUUGUACUUUGACAUUCACACAAUUGUCACAUAUCUUUUUCCAGAUGAUUAAGUGCAAGUUUUUGUUGCCAUUACAAGCUGCAUGUUCAGGAUCUUUUAGAUAAAAAUUAUAUAACACAUAUGGGUAUUUUCAGGAAAUUAAAUGCAUGAAUAUCAGAUAUUAAGUUAAUAUAAAACGUAUGGUUACACACAUAUACUCCUCAGAAUUACCGGUACUCAUUAAUCAAGGAAUUCAGUCAAUGUUCAUGUAAUAACUUAUUCAUUCUUUAAAUGUAUUUAAAACUGCAUUUGUUUUCAAUUCUGUACUCCCCAUGUGAAUCUCGUUCUAGACAGAGGACUGGUACAAUUUUUCUGAUUUUAGUAUUCUUUAUUAAUUUGUGUGUGUGAAUACAUAUCAUUGUAAAACAAGUUUUUCUCCAUUUAAAACCUGAUUGUUUUUGUUCUCUACAAGUAUGGUUAUUUAUAAUGUGGCUCUUCUACCUGUUGUUACAUGAGAUAUUAUACCAGACUGGGCUGAAAUGAUGAUAAAAUUCCUUACAUAACUGUGAUGUAGAGCAUAUCAAUUAAACAUAUUGAAAGAGAAA